CCCGGCCGGUGCUGGUGCUGCGGGCGGCGGGGGGAGCGGCGGCAGAGCUGCGGUGUCGGCAGGAUGACGGACCGCUCGGCCUUCGACACCAAUGUCAUCACCAUGACCCGCUUCGUGAUGGAGGAGGGCAGGCGGGCGAAGGGCACCGGGGAGUUCACGCAGCUCCUCAACUCCCUCUGCACCGCCGUCAAGGCCAUCUCCACUGCCGUGCGCAAGGCGGGCAUCGCCAACCUCUAUGGAAUUGCUGGUUCUACCAAUGUGACAGGAGAUCAAGUAAAGAAGCUGGAUAUCCUUUCCAAUGAUCUGGUGAUUAAUAUGCUCAAGUCAUCCUUCAGCACAUGUGUCAUCGUGUCAGAGGAAAACAAAGAUGCUGUAAUAGUGGAAGCUGACAAAAGGGGUAAAUACAUAGUCUGCAUAGACCCCCUGGAUGGCUCAUCUAAUAUUGACUGUCUUGUUUCCAUUGGGACCAUCUUUGGCAUCUAUAGAAAGGUGACUCCUGAGGAACCUUCUGGGAAAGAUGCUUUACAACCAGGGCGUAAUCUUGUGGCAGCUGGUUAUGCUCUCUAUGGGAGUGCCACAAUGCUGGUACUAGCCACUUCUGCUGGAGGUGUCAACUGUUUUAUGCUGGAUCCGGCAAUUGGAGAAUUUAUUUUGGUCGACAGGGAUGUAAAAAUCAAAAAGAAGGGAAAUAUCUACAGCCUCAAUGAGGGCUAUGCUAAAUACUUUGAUCCUGCAAUCACAGAGUAUCUCAAGAAGAAGAAAUUCCCUGAGGAUGGCAGUUCACCAUAUGGUGGAAGGUAUAUAGGAUCUAUGGUGGCUGAUGUGCAUCGCACACUGGUGUAUGGAGGAAUCUUUCUGUAUCCUGCUAACUCCAAAAGUCCUAAAGGAAAGCUGAGACUGCUCUAUGAAUGCAAUCCAAUGGCUUUUGUUAUUGAGAAAGCUGGGGGAAUAGCAACAACAGGUCAUCAAGCAAUACUGGAUAUAGUGCCCGAGGAUAUUCACCAAAGAGUGCCUGUUGUCUUGGGAUCUCCUGAUGAUGUGAAGGAGUACCUUGAGGUUGUCAAAAAGCAUUCAGCUAAGUAAAGAAGGCUUACUGCAGUCAUUGUGCAGAUGGAAAGAAAUGCCUUACAGCUGAACCAAAGAACACACUGCAGUACUGCAAAAUUGAACUGUCAGACCUCUGUAGCAAGAUAGCAAAUGAGCCACAUUUUCAUAAUUUUAAAGUGAAAUCUUGUGCAAUUGUACUGUGCAAUGAAAGGCAUUAAAGGAAACAUUAAGAGAAAAGCAAGUGAAAAA